GCUGAAGGGGGAGGAGCAGGCGGCGGAGGCUCUUCUCUGCUCCCAUGUUGAUGUUUGUUUGCGAGGGUGGCAUUGCCGUGUGUGGACGGGGAUUGACGGAGGGUUGUCGAGUGGCCUGGCAAGACGCUUUGUUGAGGAAAGCUGCAACUUUGCCCUCACCCCUCCGAAUAUGAGGUUGAAUAAUGAAGAUUUAACAUAAUGUCUCAUCGAUUAUUGCUAUGAGCCGCUUUGCCAUAUGGCUGUAUGAUCAUGUUUGACUCGCCUUUCUUGACUGACGGCCAGUCCGGGAUUUUGGAGCUCGUCUGAGGGCGCUUUCUCUGGAUUUUCCUUCCCUUUUUAAAAAAAAAAAAAAAAACAAACAAAAAAAAACGACGAAGUUCCCCCUCGACGACGAGACCCUUUCCAACUCAUUUGUUCACCCCUGAACUUCCAAAAAUGGUCUUCUUCGCUUUGGCACGAAACAAACCGGGAUAACGACGGGAGAAGCUCCGCGACAACACCCCUACCAAGGACAGCCAGUGUUACUUUCCCCCUGAGGCUGUCCUGGCGCUGGAUUUAUUCAACUCCUUAUUUUUAUUUUUUAUUUUUACUGUAAUUGAUGCAUCUUGGGGAGUCCAUGAGAGAGUGCGAGUACAGUCAAAUCAGCACUCGCAGCUCCACGCCAAUGGAGACCCCCUACAAGAAAAGGACCCCAAAGAGGAAGAAAUGGGAGGCCUUCCCAGGUCGGAAUAAAUUUUACUGUGAUGGGAGGAUUAUGAUGGCCAAACAGACGGGGGUUUUCUACCUCACCCUGGUCCUCAUCCUUGUAACCUGUGGACUGUUUUUCACCUUUGAUUGUCCGUUCCUGGCACAGGAGCUGACCCCCAUCAUCCCAGUCUUAGGAGGAGCUCUGUUUUUGUUUGUACUGGGGACUCUAUUGAGAACCAGCUUCAGUGACCCCGGCGUCCUGCCUAGGGCCACCCCUGACGAGGCAGCGGACUUGGAGAGACAAAUAGAUGUGGCCAACGGCACCACAGGCUACAGGCCUCCUCCCAGGACCAAAGAGGUUGUCAUCAAUGGCCAAACAGUCAAGUUAAAGUAUUGCUUCACAUGCAAAAUCUUCAGACCACCACGUGCCUCCCACUGCAGCCUCUGCGACAAUUGUGUGGAGCGUUUUGACCACCACUGUCCCUGGGUGGGAAACUGUGUGGGAAGGAGGAACUACCGUUUCUUCUACAUGUUCAUCCUUUCCCUCUCCUUCCUCACCAUCUUCAUCUUCGCCUUUGUCAUCACACACAUCAUUUUAAGUUCAUAUCGAAAAGGAUUCCUCACUGCACUUAAAGAAAGUCCUGCAAGUGUGCUGGAGGUGGUGGUGUGUUUUUUCUCUGUCUGGUCCAUAGUGGGCCUCUCAGGCUUCCAUACCUACCUGAUCAGCUCCAAUCAGACCACAAAUGAAGAUAUAAAAGGGUCGUGGUCUUCUAAAAGAGGGAAGGACAACUACAACCCUUACAGCUCUGGCAAUAUAUUCACCAACUGCUGUAUGGCGCUUUGUGGACCCCUGCCACCAAGUCUCAUUGACAGACGAGGCUUCAUCGAAGCAGACGCACCACAGAUGGCACCUCCUACCAAUGGCAUCACAAUGUAUGGUGCCACCCAUUCCCAGCAAAGCCACAUGUGUGAUCAAGACCAGUGCAUUCAGAGCACCAAAUUCGUUUUGCAGGCUGCCGCCACCCCCCUCCUCCAGCAGCAAAGCAGCGAGCCAGUCAUCAUAACGUCUUCCCCUGAAAACGGGACGUCUCUGCCCGCCCGGGCCUCCCUCACGCUGGGCGGGCCUUGCACCUCGCUGCCCCUUGGCCAGCCAACCCCGCCGACGUCCACUCCCAGCCUGAGCUGCCACGAGGCCGCAGACAUGCUGCCGAUCCACGGACACACACUAAACCACACGCACCCCCUCCAGGAGCAGGCAGCCGUCCACCACUAUCUCACGCCAGAGGAAGUGCCAUCACCGCCGGGCAUGCUUCACUGCGGCAGCCCGCUGGGCCACAGCCACACGGUGCAGGCCAGUUUCUACAACCCGGCCAGCCAAGACUCGUUACACGAGGACUCGGUCAGGGGGUUGGUGAAGCUCAGCUCUGUCUGACAGUGGGAUAUAUAAACCCAACUCCUUCUGAAGACUUAAAACUCUCCUGAGCUGCUUUGGUAUUGGCUGACUUCCUCUUGAAUUACAGACUCCAGCUGCUAGAACUGUGUUGAAGCUAUCUGAAGUGCAGAAAAACGUGUUUUCCUCAGCCAUCAUGUUGCCAAACCUGUCUGCUGGAACUGUGAGAGAAAAGUUACAGCUUGUGUGUGACAACUCAGAGAUAAACUGUUGGGUUUAUUUUGUACUUCAAGGGAAGAUUAGACAACUUUAAUUUGAUAAUCUGCAAACUGGACUUUGCUUUUCAAAGCGGUAUCUAUGCCUGUAAGCCAUUUUGAGCAAAAACAAAGGAACUGAUUCAACACUUCAGGUCAGAAAGCUGCAUUUCUGCCACUGGAUCGGACCGGAUUUUUGUUAAAUAUAAUUGAACCGACUUGCCUGUUGCUGAUCUGACCAUGUCUCCUGCCUUUAUUCUCAGCAUUGUGAUGGUUUAUGUCAUUAUGUUGCAUAUCAUCCUGCUUUUUCUAUGUAAAAGAAAUCAAAGACUGUUGAACUGUACCAUAGUUACUACAACUCUUACAAAUUAUAUUUCCUGUGGAUAUUAAUAAAACACCAACUUUUUACCAGA